GCGGCCACUGUACCUCGGAGCUGUGUGCGCCGCGGCCGGGGCGGGCCUCGGGACUGGGGCUGGGAGCCAAGGGGCCGGGACGGGACGCGGAGAGGCUGGGCUGCGGUUCGGAGUCCCGCGCGGACAGGGGCCGGACGGCGCCGAGGGAGCGCGCGUCCCGCAGUCCCGCGCUGCGCCCGCCGGCUAUGGGGCGCGCCGCUGCCUGAGGCCGGGCCUGGCGGGCGCCCCCCAGGGGGCUGCGGUUGCGGAGCCGAGCGCGCCCCGCACCGGAGUGGCCCGCUCGCGCGCUCGGAGGGGACGGAGACGGGACUACGGCGAGGCCCGGAGGAGCCCGGAGAUGUCCCGUGUGCGCCGCCUUCUGCUCGGAUACCUGUUCCCAGCCCUCUUGUUGCAUGGGCUGGGAGAGGGCUCUGCCCUCCUUCAUCCAGACAGCAGAUCGCACCCUCGGUCCUUAGAGAAAAGCGCCUGGAGGGCUUUCAAGGAGUCCCAGUGCCAUCAUAUGCUCAAGCACCUCCACAAUGGUGCACGGAUCACAGUGCAGAUGCCCCCAACCAUCGAGGGCCACUGGGUGUCCACAGGCUGUGAAGUGAGGUCGGGUCCAGAGUUCAUCACAAGGUCUUACAGAUUCUACAACAAUAAUACCUUCAAGGCCUACCAGUUUUACUAUGGCAGCAACCGCUGUACCAACCCCACCUACACUCUCAUCAUCCGAGGCAAGAUCCGGCUUCGUCAGGCAUCCUGGAUCAUCCGUGGGGGCACUGAGGCUGACUACCAGCUUCACGGCGUCCAGGUCAUCUGUCACACAGAGGCAGUUGCUGAACAACUCAGCCGACUGGUGAACCGAACUUGCCCGGGCUUCCUGGCUCCUGGUGGUCCCUGGGUACAGGAUGUAGCCUAUGACCUGUGGCAGGAGGAGAGCAGCCACGAGUGCACCAAGGCUGUGAACUUUGCCAUGCAUGAGCUGCAGCUCAUCCGUGUGGAGAAGCAGUAUCCACACCAUAGCCUGGACCACCUGGUAGAGGAGCUCUUCCUGGGUGACAUCCACACAGACGCCACCCAGAGGGUGUUCUACCGGCCGUCCAGUUACCAGCCUCCUCUGCAGAAUGCCAAGAACCACAACCAUGCGUGCAUAGCCUGCCGCAUCAUUUACCGGUCCGAUGAACACCACCCUCCCAUCCUGCCCCCCAAGGCUGACCUGACCAUUGGCCUCCAUGGGGAAUGGGUGAGCCAGCGCUGCGAGGUACGCCCCGAGGUCCUCUUCCUCACCCGCCACUUCAUCUUCCACGACAACAACAACACCUGGGAAGGGCAUUACUACCACUACUCAGACCCCGUCUGCAAGCACCCCACAUUCACCAUCUAUGCUCGAGGCCGUUACAGCCGCGGUGUGCUCUCAUCUAGGGUCAUGGGUGGCACAGAGUUUGUGUUCAAAGUGAAUCACAUGAAGGUCACUCCCAUGGAUGCGGCCACAGCCUCUCUCCUCAAUGUCUUCAGUGGGAAUGAGUGUGGGGCUGAGGGCUCCUGGCAGGUGGGUAUCCAACAGGAUGUGACACACACCAAUGGCUGCGUGGCUCUGGGCAUCAAACUACCUCACACAGAAUAUGAGAUCUUCAAAAUGGAGCAAGACGCCCGGGGCCGCUACCUGCUGUUCAAUGGCCAGAGGCCCAGCGAUGGCUCCAGCCCAGACAGACCGGAGAAGAGAGCCACAUCCUACCAGAUGCCCUUGGUCCAGUGUGCCUCUUCCUCACCUAGAGCCGAAGACUUACUGGAAGACAGUCAAGCUCAUCUGUAUGGCCGGGCAGCAGGGAGGACAGCUGGGCCCCUGCUGCUUCCUGCCUUUGUCAGCCUUUGGACUCUACCACAUUGGCGCAUCCUCAGAUAGAAGACAUUUUCUAAACCAAGACUCUUUACCAUGUAUGACUUUUCUUCACACAGAGAAAGGACAUUGAUUCUUUUGAUGCACUUGAAUACCUUGAGAUCUGCCAUUGCCUCGCCUCUCUCCCCUCUCCCAGCCUCUGAGUCAUGAGCAGUGUGUUUGAGGUUUCAGCUUUGAAUUUCUUCCUGCCCAAUCUGUGGCCUGGGAACUUCAUAGCAGUGGUUGCACUUUAAGUCUGCAGAGAGCUGGAGCUAGAGUGCUUAGGGGUGCCCACGGGGGGUGGCAGCUGCCUUCUUCUCUCUGUCCGCCGGCUCCGUCUGUAUUUCUGAGCUGAGCUUAAAACAUACAAAUGACAAGCUGCAGCCUUUCUCUGCCAUGGCUUCUCUUUAUCUCUCCAAAUCCCUUCCACACUCCAGGUUUUCUACACUGGAACCCAGUGCAGAGUUGGCUCGGGACCACCAUCCAGACCCCGUGUUGACUACAGGAAAGAUGGGGGUGUCGUUGUGUACAUAAGAGAAGAUGGCAAGCUUCAGCUAAGUCUUUGUCCCAGCCUUAAUGCCAGUCAACACUUUCAGACAUGUUGAGUAGAGAGGUGUCCGUAAAGCUUCAAAGUAACUUAACGUCCAUUGACUAGCACUGGUUUUUACUUCUUGAGAAGAGAUGUGUGCCAUAUACUUGCUUUGGUGGCUACAGAAUACAGCCUGCGGUUUAACCCUCAGAGGAGACCGGUCCAGUUGGGAAAUUCAGAGCAGCUCCUGUUGCAGACAGCCAGAAGCAGCAGUGGAGGGGGAGAUUCCUUGUGCUAAGUGCCACACAAGUGACAAGGAGAUCUAUGAUGUUUUCUCCAAGUGAACCAACGCCCUGCGUCAUUGGCUCACACUGUGGUUAGGGUGGGCACAUCCACUCUGCCAUCUUUGACACACAGAAACUGAACAUCAGUGCUCCAGUAACUUACCGAUGAGAAGAGAUUGGGGUGGGACUCAUCCGCAGAUGAGCUACUCUGCUAGGGGCCGUCCCUGGGCUCCAUGGAGUCUAUGAGGAGUCACCCUGUUACUAGAAUUACUGGCUUGACUCAGCUUCCUCUCUGCAUUUCCUUGGCUCUGCCCCAGCUGAGAGGUCCAGAGCCAUCUCAUUCAGGGUUCGCUGCUUCACAGACAUUAGAAGGGAGGAGGGAAUGAUAGCCUCCCAUUCCUUUGUAUUAUUGCAACUGGUGCUAUAAACACCAAGUGCUGUUGCUCACAGAGACCCAUGCAGGCAAGUGGGAGAGAAACAGAAAACCCAGAUGGAACUGAAAGCAGACAUGGAGACCAGGACCCAGGAGAAGAGUCAGUUGUGUAUUUAAGAAUUCACUUUAUGAAGCAGUAGCAUUCAGUGUGGUGUUAAAUUAUAAUGAAGGCAUGGAGUACCAGAGUGCUUUAUAUUUAGAUUAUAUUUUAAGUCAUGGUGCAUACUUGAGGGGGUUUAUUAAAAAAUGAAAGUACUAACUUAAUGUCUACUAAGUUUAAUAAACAAAGAAUUUGGAAGUAA